UUAAAACCUAUAUGAUUCCAUCCCAUCCCAUGGUUCUAUUAUUAUAAUUAUUAUUAUCAAAUUAUUUUUAUUUUCAAAUUAUACUUUUACAAAUUCGUCAAUAUUUGUAAUAACUAAUAUUUAAAUUCGCGGCUAAAAUUCCGUUUCAGUCAGGUGGGGCCCCACUCACCAUCACUCAACCCCGACGGCACCCUCCGUCCGACGAAAACGGAGACAUCUUCUUUUCCGAUUCUACCCUCCUGUCCUCAUGCCACCAACCCGUCCAACAACUCCAACCAUUAGACACCAACCAGUACAGUCACACCACCCCUACAACAGCAAGGGCAAUUACGCCAUUUCCCUAACUCAAAAAACCACGUCCGGCCCCCGGCUCCGGACCCCAAUCCGGACUCGGACGCCCGGUUCGCCGUACCCGACUCGUGUUACCCAGACAAUGAACUCCCCUCAGAUCUCAUCCGUCCAUCUUCAAUCCAACGGUCACAAUGUUCCCCUCUCCCCCUCGACGCUGACGCCAGCAUCCCGCGCGUAUGUCGGCGCACGCGCCCUCCCCGGCGAUUUUAUAACCUCUCUCUCUUCCUUCCCGAUCGAGAGAUCCAGAUUAGGGUUACUCUUUCCCGGAGAUGGAGACUUCGCCGCCGCGGAAGCCGCCGAACCCCGCCCUACCGUACCGUGAGGAUUGCUGGAGUGAGGGCGAGACAUCGGUGCUCAUCGACGCUUGGGGUGACCGCUACCUCGAGCUCAGCCGUGGAAACCUCCGCCAGAAGCACUGGCAGGAGGUCGCCGACGCCGUCAACUCUCGGCCGGCCGGAGCCCACCGUCCGGCGCGCACCGACGUGCAGUGUAAAAACCGGAUCGACACCCUGAAGAAGAAGUACAAGGUCGAGAAGGCCCGGUUCCUUGACUCCGCCGGCGGGAUUAAUAGUCAGUGGCAGUUCUAUUGCCGUCUUGACGCCCUGAUUGGUUCUUCUGUGACUCCCAGUUCGGCGUCGAAGAAACCCUCGCCACCUUCACCUCCGCUGCCGCUCGCCCUCCCACUCCCGUAUCACCGGAAGGGUUCCCCUCUUGCUCUCCCUCUCCCUCUCCCUCUCCCCGCCGCCGCUGCUUUCACGCCGAUGCCCUCCUCCAAGCGGUAUACCCCGGCCCCGCCUUCUGUGGAUGAGACCUUCCGGAGAAGGUACCCUGCCACAGUAGCGGCAGCUGCGGCGGCCGCCGCGGCGGAUUCGAACUCGGGAUCGUCGUCGAGGUCUUCGAGAUCUAGCCGAGAGAGGCCGGCGAAAAGGUGGAGGCGAGCCCGGGAGGACGUUGGGGAUGGGAUCCGGGAUUUGGCACGGGCGAUCAUGAGGUUUGGCGAUAUCUAUGAACGAGUGGAAGCCGCAAAGCAGCGGCAGAUGAUGGAGCUGGAACGCCAGCGAAUGGAGUUCGCCAAGAGUUUGGAGUUCCAGCGCAUGCAGAUCUUCGUUGACUCGCAGAUCAAGCUCGAGAAGGUCCGGCGAUCCUCCCGGAGAUCCGACGCUGUUGCAUGAAGGAAAAAUAGGUUGAAGCUGUUGAUCCUUUGUGUCUAGCCUCAUCCAAAUGAGCUCAAGGCAACAACAUUGUGCGGCAAGCAAGUGGAGAGAGGCGAGAAGACAAAAUGUCCAAAUUGGUGGUGGAUGGCUGCUAUUGAUCCGGUAUGGAAAGCAAAUUGUCAUUGCCAUUGCCAUUGUUGUUGUUGUUGUUGUUGUUUUUGCCGUUGUUUCUGCAGUUAUUGUCAGUUAUUUGCGUGGAAACAAUCCAUCAAACAGAAUGAUAUACCUUUUUAUUAGUCGAGCAUAUUUGCCAUUAUUUACACCAAGGAUUUCCAAGACACUCUUGAAUAAGGACUUUCUGUACUGCAUAUGGUUGUGGUUAAUUUGUGAAGUAUGUGUCAUAGAUGUCAUAUAUAUCCAUCUAUUGGUUAUGCAUGCAUGCUGCACUCAUCUGAUCACAUUUUGUUUAAUGUAGUCUUCCAAUUGUUAUUUCUAAAGAUGGUGAUUGUAUCUGUAUACUUCUGCUUAAACUUGUUAGUGUAAUAAGGUGUGGUCAUUAUAUAGUAUCAUUCUUUUACAUUCUUAUUCUAAGAUAAUACUAACAUCUAAACCAUCACAUCCUCUUUGGGUUUAGUGGCAUAAUUUAAGCCAUAAGCAGUAAAAAUAACCAUCAAUAUGCUGGCUCUAGUGAUACUUCUACUUGCUUUUCUCCAUAAUAUGUAUAUGUUUAUCAAGUGUUACUGCACUUUUCCAUUGUUAUUAAUCCAUAUGAUUAUAUUUUCAGGUACUGAUGAUCAUUUAUUGAGCUUGUGAUUUAAUUUCAUCUCUCUUGUAUAAUGUCUUU